GUGCGGAUUUCGUGUCACCAAGAAUUUUGCGACUCCAACGACGCGAUGGAGACGACCGACGUUGCCCCGACGCCCGCGUCCAUCGACACCGAGAAGGUCGCCAGCGGCGUUCGGUUCCUAAGCCACCCGGACGUGCAGGCGACGCCACUUGCCGAACGCCUCGAGUUCCUCGAAAAGAAGGGACUUUCGCGCGCGGAGAUCAACGCUGCUGUGGAGACUCAUCACCAAACUAACGUUGCGCUCGCCAAGUCUGCACCGGCGCCAGCGUCAUCCUCGAUUUGGUCUACGCUUUUCCCACUCGCAGGCACAACGGCCGCGCUCGGUUUUCUCUGGAAGUUCAUGCAGUACGACGAAAGCCAAAAGAUGGACACUGAAUCAGCCGACGAUUAUGCUCGUGUAGCCACAGUCUCAAACGAAACGGCGCUUGUCCAGGCGAUCCAAGGACAGACAGCUGAGAUGGUCAAGCUUAUGAGCGUCAUGCAACUCGAGGCUCAAGAACGGCGAGCAUUGCUCUCCAGCCAAACAACUACGUCGCAAAUCAUAACGGAGCUGCGCACUGAGCUCACGAGUCUCAAAGCCGCCGUGAAGAAGCUGCAGCCAAUGCGUGCUGCAAAUGUGAACCCCGUCGCUAUCGAUGUACCCAACGCACUCAAGGAGUCGACGCCGGUUCUCGAUGCUCUGGCCGACUUUCAGAUCAAAGCAUCCAAAAUGCUCGACGCUCUUCGCCUCGUCGAGCUGGACAACGACGCUGACGCCAUCAAACAGGCGGCUGGCAUUCUCAUCAUGUACACCAAGAAUUUGGUCGAGCAGCCAGACGUACCACGGUACCGACGCAUUGCGACAGGCAACGCCAACUUCAAGCAAAAGAUCGAGCCGCUUCAGCACCAUAUUGCGCUACUUACGAGCAUUGGGUUCGAGAAGGUCGGCAUGAGCAUGGAAUGGAAAUGGCACGAGCAGCCGUCGAGCUUGACGAUUUUGAAGGCUGCUGUCUCUGCCUUCGAGAGUGCGGUCGCCAACAACGGGGAUGUGCUCUCGCUCGCAGCCGAGAACUUUCUCUCGACACACGCGCCAUCAGCGAUCGUGGUUGAGUCUGCAGAGAAAACAACGGUUGAGACCCCCAACCUGGAAUCGUUCUUGCAAAAGCUUGGUGCGAAGCAAGAUGUCAAGCAGAAGGCGGCGCGCAUCGAAGUUGACGACGUCAGUAGUAGCCCUAUUAUCUCAAGCACCGAACCGAGCUACCCUACGUCCUUUGCGGAUGUCAUGAAGAUGGUGCAGAACGGCGAAGAGGUUCCCGGCAUUCGCACGAUCGAAGACAAGCUCUCGACGGAGGCGCAAGCCCGCUUGGACACGCCAUCAGUUGCGACAGCGGUUGCGAAGCCUUGGGCCAAGUAAUUAAAACUGCAUGUAGCAGAGACAAUAAUUGUACACCCACCGAUGCAAUAUUACAAUUAUUAGAGUCUGUCA